AUGGCGCCCAAGGCCAGUCAGGAUGGCAGCAAUCGCAACAUUACCGACUUCUUCAUUCCAAAGAAUCGUCGACCCGCAAACAACGUGGUUGAGGAGCAUAUAGUCGUAGCUGCGUUGAGCCCCGUCCAAAAUCGAGCUCAGCUUGCUACAGCGACGGUCAAGACACCAAGCAAUCCGAACAGUCGCCAUCGACCGCGACAAGCGUCAUUAUCGAGCUCACCUUCGGAGAUCAACACGCUGAAGAGGAAGAGAACCAGCCCGCGAAUAACUCGAUCACAAACCGCUUCACCCAGCAGCUUCCAGAGUACACCACGGUCAAGCAAUGCCGUCUUGGUAACAGACCUCACGAAUGGGACACCAACCCGCAAAUCUCCCUCGUCCAACGCCUCCAAUACACGACGUUCGCGGCGAGCGGUGGGUAGUAUGGACAGCCUAUCGUCUCAACCGAAGCCACUAUCAACAGAAGAAAUGGCAGCACCUCCCAUACCGCCACCGCAAUUCCCUCGCUCAGCAGAGGGAUGUUCAGCGGCGACAUCCUUCGCUUCGACAUCGACACUUUCGUCCGCGCCGCUUAGCUCUUCAAUACCGAUCAGCUCCACAACAUCAAGCAGACGGGUGGUCAGAGGUGGGCUGAAAGCCGUCACUAACUCCGAUUCUGACGACAGCAGCGAUGAUGAGCUUGCCGAUGUGAGCGCAUUUCUGCCGAAAAAGGCCAACCUCACGCCGCCUGUAGAAAUAGGGAGGAGUGUACCGGGGGCUCCUGCUGCCAUUGCUCGAAAAGAUGUGAGGCCUCCCGAUCAACGAGCCCAGACACGCUUCUCAAAGCCCCCUCCACCGUCACCCCCUCGGACCGCGUUCAAGAACAGCAGUCUAGCGAAGCUAGUCGCCAAGAAUGAAGAGAGGAGAUUGGCACAAGAAAGAAUCAGAGCAAUGGAAGCGGAAGUCGAAGAAUCAAAGCAACGGGACGCACUAGCAGAAGAUCAGAACGACUUAGCAUUCGAUCGUGAAGCCUUCCUAGAAAUGGCAGUUGAUGACGAUCAACGUGAGGAAAUGAUAAUUGCGUUGGAUCGAACGGAAGCUUUGAAAGCUGCGAACGAAUAUCAUUUCUUCUUGGACGACGAACCGAAGUGGCCCGAUACGCCUUUUCCUGUGGAUUCCCUGCCAGACGAAACCUGGAGCCGCAUCUACCGCGACGAUCAUUCGCGAGGUGAAGCCUGCGUUUCUGGGUUGGCUGCCGAGCUGGCCGAGCGGUAUCCUUUACCGAUGAACAUAACGAUGUGGUUCGCAUCACAGCUCAUGCAUGAGGCCAGUGAGACGUUAUGCGAGGCAUACGUUGAAAUUCUGCGAGUGUCUAGCAAACACCACCAUGGCACUUCAAUGUCUGACUCCAUAGCAUCCCUGACCUCACGUUACCACACGCGAUCUUUAUUCGAAAAUGAAAGCAGGGAUAACACCAAGAAGACUCUGCCAAAGGGAUUGCAAUACGUCCUCCGCACACUGCAGUUUUGUGCUCCUGCCUCUGAUGGUAUUGUCUCAGAUAGCACACCUACCACGACGUGUGCGGCAUUUUUKGACCUGGCUUUGCUCAACAUUGAUGCACUCGUCAGAGCGGAUGUUGACCUUACGCGAGUCGUUUCCAAUUGUAUCCAAGACAUGUUGGACGAGCUAUCGGAAUCGUCUUUUCGAUCGCUCGUGGCUGAAGUACUCGGCACUCUCUUUCUGCCCAGUGAACUUCCGCCUCUGGUUAGAUGCCGCGCUAUCGCUAGCCUGCCAUGCAUCACACUGCGAGCGUACACCAUUCGCCGAAGGCUUGCACUCGAAUGCUUUUCCAAUGCCACUGAUCGAAGGCUGGCAGAUGGUCAGGACUGGCAGGCGUCGAUAGUGCAGACACUGCAGAGACAGCCUGAACUUCAAAUCACGGAUGACAUGGAUUAUGAUUACUUGAUGGCCAUGAUCGCAGUUGCGGACAUUGCUGUCGCACAUGGCUUCGUGGAGUAUAGCAGCAUUGCGCCGCCACCUGCGUCAGUGCAACCUUCCACAGGCCUGACAUUCUUCAAGCCAAGGCCCCUCUCGGACGCAGAACGUUGUCACAAUCAGCAAAUCGACCGCGUGGUGGAGCAGCUUCAGAGUAUGAUGUCGCGUGUCAAAGACUCCGGAACCAGUCACCUCAGCCGCACUCAGGCAAGGAGCUUGAUCGAGGGGGUUGUGGUGAGAUUGGACGCUUGUGUUCGCACCCGACCACGGCCUAAGAAAAGUGUCUUCAACAGUGGGAGCGGGAAGCAAGCUACUUUUGCAAUACCUGCAGCGGCGGCUGCUUCACAGACCAGGCUGCCAGGUAUGCGAGGGAAGAUGCUGGAGGUCCAGAAAGAGAGGGAUCGGGUUGAAGUAGUGCCGGUGGAUAUGUUGAGUGAUAGGGAGGGAUCACUGAGCUGA